UGACAUUUAUAUUUUAAUAACUUCUGUUGUUGUUCAGUUGUGUUGUAGGUAUUUGUGUAGAUUUUUUUCAGUUUUCUUUCUCAGAAAAUAAUUUUUGCUCAAUUUUGCUGUUUGGUUGCUACGAGUAUUUUUUUAUUAACAUUUGCUUGUGAUUAGUUUGAUUGGUGUUUUAUGUUGUCGUUUCUAGUACACCUACAAAGCUAAUAUAUAACGUGUGUAUAUGUACCUAAUAUGAGAUAGAAACAGUUGUAAAUUGUGAUACACUCAUAAUACAAUUUCAUCGGAAUGGGCUUCAAACUACAGCGCGUUGAUGUAAAUGGUGUAAACGAUACAUGCCAAAUUCAGUUAGAAGAAGGGAAACAUUUGAUCGGAAGAGGGAAAUUUCUGCAUUGUGAAGACAAAAGAGUAUCAAGGAGCCAUGGGGAACUUGAGGUUACAGAAAAUUCUGUCAACCUUAAAGCACUGCACACAAAUCCAUGUUUUUACACCAGAAAGGAUACAUUAACUAGAGAGAUGCUGAAACAAAAUGACAGCAUAGAUCUCAGGAAUGGCGACAGAUUUGGUUUGCUGCCAGUCAACUGUUGGUACAAGGUUUUAUACACCACUGAUGAUGUGGAAGACCAGACAUCUGUGAAGAAAGAAACUCAGCUAGAGAAUGGACAAAGCGAAACAAAUAGAACAGUGUUUUUUGACAGCACACAAGUUGAUAAUGGUUUUACGGACAGAAUGGACACAGCACCACAACCAACCAAUGACAAUGUCAGCAAUCCACCACCACCAAAUGAUAAUGAACAGCCUCCCAGUCCUAAUGAUAGCAAUGUGUCUCAAUCUCUCAUGCAGGACCUACCAGAGGCCCUCCAGUGCAUUAAUGAUCUUACUGAAAAUGAGAAAUCCCCUCGAAAUCCCACAGACACAGACUUGCCUGUUAGGAUAAAGACUGAACAGGUUGAUCUGGAUCCAGUUCCUCUAAGUCCAUUGAAGAGACCAUUUCCCAGCACAUCUGAAGUGAAAUUGGAGCCAGAACAAAAUGUGAAAAAGAUCAAAGCAGAAAAUGAUGAUGAUAAGUUUUCUGAUGAUGUUAAGGCUGGCUCUAGCAAUAGCAGCAAUGGUCCAGAUGCACAGAAUCCGGCGCCACGUGCAGGACCUGCGGGUAACCUGCCCCCGGCGCAACCACGAUUGCGAGAACGGUGUAUGUACGGCGCUAAUUGUUACAGACGGAACCCGGUCCACAAGCAGGAGUUCAGUCACCCGGCGGACGCGGACUGGGGCGCCGGCGCGCGGGGCGCCUGUCCGUGGGGCGCCGCCUGCGUGCGGCGGAGCCCCGCGCACUGGGCGCUCAACAUACACCCGCCCGGGACUCUGCCCCCGGCGCAGAGGGUACAACAAGGUAAUAAACAGAGAAGGAAGAAAAAACGGCCAAGCACAGAUAGUGAAGCUUCGGGCCAAGACAUGGCCGAUUCACCUGACAUUAUUUUGACGGGAAAAAGAGCGCGAAAGAAGGUUGAUGUACAAAAGUGGAGUGAUUCGGAAUCAAAUGAUGAGGAUCCAUUUCAAACAGACGAUGAAGACGAGUGGCGCCCUUCUGGAAGCUUGGAUACUGAUUUCGACAGUCAGAUCAAUUCGCAGGAUGAUUGACGUUAUUGUGUUAAGAUUUUAUUGAAUUAUAUUGUUUAAAAUGUGUA